AAAUGAUAGGGGUAUCUGUGCAGAAGGUGCGAAAGAAGCUCGGACCCCCUCCCUCCCCCAAGUCUCCCCCUUCCCAAAUGAAAUGCACAGUUCAGCCAGCUUCUUAACUACACUACACUCCUGCUACUGGCUGCCAAGAGGCUCAAAAAAUCCACCUUCACUUUUCAGUCAGAAGAGGCAGAAGUGGAUGUGAGAGAAAGAGAGACACAGAGAGACAGAGAGCCAAAGAGGGCAAGAGACUUGACUUUAAGAGACUCCUGUACUGACAACUCCAUGCAGUUCGGAACCAGAACGACUGCGGCUGAACCAGGGUUCAUGGGGACAUGGCAAAACGCUGAUACUAACCUUUUAUUCAGAAUGUCCCAACAGGCCAUCCGUUGCACACUGGUAAACUGCACGUGCGAGUGUUUUCAGCCGGGGAAGAUUAACCUGCGGACUUGCGACCAGUGCAAACAUGGCUGGGUGGCACAUGCCUUGGAUAAGCUCAGCACCCAGCACCUGUACCACCCCACGCAAGUGGAGAUUGUGCAGUCCAACGUGGUGUUUGACAUCAGCAGCCUGAUGCUCUACGGGACACAAGCGGUGCCCGUGCGGCUAAAGAUCCUGCUGGACCGGCUCUUCAGUGUCCUGAAGCAGGAGGAGGUGCUACACAUCCUGCACGGCCUGGGCUGGACGCUACGGGACUACGUUCGGGGGUACAUCCUUCAGGAUGCUGCCGGCAAGGUGCUGGACCGCUGGGCCAUCAUGUCUCGAGAAGAGGAAAUCAUCACCCUUCAGCAGUUUCUGCGGUUUGGAGAAACCAAAUCCAUUGUAGAGCUGAUGGCAAUUCAGGAAAAAGAAGGGCAGGCUGUGGCUGUUCCGUCUUCAAAGACAGACUCAGACAUUAGGACUUUCAUUGAGAGCAAUAAUCGCACCAGGAGUCCCAGCCUCCUUGCUCACCUAGAGAACAGCAACCCUUCCAGCAUUCAUCACUUCGAAAACAUCCCCAACAGCCUUGCAUUUCUGCUUCCAUUCCAGUACAUAAACCCAGUCUCGGCCCCACUGCUAGGAUUGCCUCCAAACGGGCUCCUGUUAGAGCAACCAGGACUGAGGCUGCGGGAACCCAGCCUUUCAACUCAGAAUGAGUAUAAUGAGAGCAGCGAGUCUGAAGUAUCUCCCACACCUUAUAAGAACGAUCAGACUCCCAAUAGAAACGCCCUGACCAGCAUUACUAACGUGGAGCCCAAAACCGAGCCAACCUGCGUGUCCCCCAUUCAGAAUUCUGCCCCGGUCAGUGACCUGACCAAAACGGAACACCCAAAAAGCUCAUUCCGGAUCCACCGGAUGAGAAGGAUGGGGUCAGCCUCUAGGAAAGGAAGAGUGUUCUGUAACGCAUGUGGGAAGACAUUCUAUGAUAAAGGUACUCUCAAAAUUCAUUAUAAUGCUGUUCACCUGAAGAUCAAACAUCGAUGCACCAUUGAAGGCUGCAACAUGGUCUUUAGCUCCCUCCGAAGCCGCAAUCGUCACAGUGCAAACCCUAACCCUCGCCUCCACAUGCCUAUGCUAAGGAAUAACCGAGACAAAGAUUUAAUCCGGGCCACAUCAGGAGCUGCCACCCCCGUCAUAGCAAGUACAAAAUCAAAUCUCACACUCACCAGCCCCGGCCGGCCCCCGAUGGGUUUUACCACUCCCCCACUAGACCCCGUCUUACAGAACCCUCUCCCCAGCCAGCUGGUGUUUUCCGGGCUAAAGACUGUCCAACCAGUUCCUCCAUUUUAUAGAAGUUUACUCACUCCAGGAGAAAUGGUGAGUCCUCCCACAUCCCUCCCGACCAGUCCCCUCAUUCCAACCAGUGGUACCAUAGAGCAGCACCCCGUACCACCCUCUGAGCCAGCAGCGCCAGUAGUGAUGAUGGCCACUCAUGAGCCCAGUGCUGACCUGGCCCCCAAGAAGAAGCCCAGGAAGUCCAGCAUGCCUGUGAAGAUCGAGAAGGAAAUCAUCGAUACCGCCGAUGAGUUUGACGAUGAAGACGAUGACCCCAAUGACCCUGGAGCUGUGGUCAAUGACGUGAGCCAUGACAAUCAUUGCCACUCCCAAGAGGAGAUGAGUCCAGGCAUGUCUGUGCAGGACUUUUCUAAGCACAGCAGGUCCCGGUGCAUUUCAAGGACUGAAAUCAGAAGGGCCGACAGCAUGACUUCUGAGGAUCAAGAACCUGAGCGGGACUAUGAGAACGAGUCCGAGUCUUCAGAGCCCAAACUAGGUGAGGAAUCCAUGGAAGGGGAUGAGCACAUGCACAGCGAAGUGAGCGAAAAGGUCCUGAUGAGCAGUGAGAGGCCCGACGAGAACCACAGUGAGCCCUCUCACCAGGACAUCAUCAAGGUGAAGGAAGAAUUUGCAGAUCCCACUUAUGACAUGUUUUACAUGAGCCAGUACGGACUAUACAAUGGUGGGGGAGCCAGCAUGGCGGCCCUGCACGAAAGUUUUGCCUCCUCCCUGAAUUACGGCAGCCCUCAGAAGUUCUCCCCAGAAGGUGACCUGUGUUCCAGCCCAGACCCCAAAAUCUGUUACGUGUGCAAGAAGAGUUUCAAAAGCUCCUACAGCGUGAAGCUUCACUACAGGAACGUUCACUUAAAAGAGAUGCAUGUCUGCACGGUGGCUGGCUGCAACGCUGCCUUCCCCUCUCGCCGGAGCAGAGACAGAAACAGAAAUUUACGGAUGGAAAGAACCAUAGGUCCAGGACAUCGAGACAGCCUGCAUCUCCGUAGACACAGUGCCAACAUAAAUCUGCAUCGGAAACUGUUGACCAAAGAACUCGAUGACAUGGGCCUGGACUCCUCGCAGCCCUCCCUUAGCAAGGACCUCCGGGACGAAUUUUUGAUGAAGAUCUAUGGAGCGCAGCACCCGCUGGGCCUGGACGUCAGGGAAGAGGCCUCCUCCCCCGCGGGCACCGAGGACUCGCACCUGAACGGGUACGGGCGCGGCAUGGCGGAGGACUACAUGGUCCUGGACCUGAGCACCACCUCCAGCCUGCAGUCCAGCAGCAGCAUCCACUCCUCCCGAGAGUCCGACGCGGGCAGCGACGAGGGCAUCCUUCUCGACGACAUCGACGGGGCGAGUGACAGUGGGGAGUCCGCGCACAAGGCCGAGGCCCCCGCCCUCCCUGGCGGCCUCGGGGCUGAAGUGUCGGGAUCUCUGAUGUUCAACAGCUUGUCCGGGAGCAAUGGUGGGAUUAUGUGCAACAUUUGCCACAAAAUGUACAGCAACAAGGGGACUCUGAGGGUGCACUACAAAACGGUGCAUUUGCGGGAAAUGCACAAGUGCAAAGUCCCCGGUUGCAACAUGAUGUUUUCCUCUGUGCGAAGCCGAAACCGGCACAGUCAGAACCCUAAUCUCCACAAAAACAUUCCCUUCGUGUCAGUAGAUUAGUCUCAGAACGGACACUACCAAUGCCAGCUCUCACCAGACGGCCUACAUAUUUGAACUGCCAUAGUCAGUGUGUGCUUGUGUACUUGUGUGUGUGUGUGCGUGUGUGUGUACGUGUACACAGGUAUGCCUCUGCGUCUACACACACACACACACACACACACACACAUUUUCUUUUCUUUAGAUAUAAAACGAUAAACACUAAGUGCUUUUGAAUUUUUUUUUCCUUUAUAGUUUUGGAAAAGGGGUGGGACCUUUCAUUUGGGAGUGAAAACUAAGUACCCUUUAAAAACACAUACACACACACAUAAAGCGUGCAAGUAGCCCAAAUUUUGACAGAAAGGUAAUUCUUGGUCCUCUCCAAAGAGACAGUUUGUUGUACCCAUGACUGUUGCCUGCAAAAAAAAAAAAAAGAAAGAAAGAAAGAAAAGGGAUAAAAAAAAAAGAAAAAUGAAACAAAAAAGGAACUUCUUAAUAGCUGUCUUUUGUGAACUUUAAAGUUUUGAGAGAAUCUUCAACUACAGCAUGGCAGAUUCACCUGUAAAUAUAUAGCCUUGAGAGGCUAAUGAUGUAAAACAAUUGUAUUGAUGUUGUUUAUCUCUUUUGUUUAACUUUUACAGUUACAUCCAGCUGUUAGAUAUGCAGGAAAAAAAAAUAGUUUGCUGGCUAGCUCUACUCAUUUAUGUUAGCAUUAAUGCACAUUUUUUUAAAAAAACAAACAAAAAACAUGGUCUUGUUUUUACUACCUGCUAGAUAAUAGUGAUAAAGAGGUGCUGGCAUGCUUUACAGCACAGAUCUGAUUUUUUAAACGUCCUGUACUAGUACAUAAAUCCCGUCAUGCACUUUUUUUCAUACACUACAAGGGGAUGUGUAAUAUCCAUGCUUCUUUUUUACCCUUAAACUAUUGCCAUACUUUAAAUAAGUGUCUUUUUUUAACAACAACAAAAAAAAUUCACUUGCAUAAAAACGGUCUGGUCAGUAUAGGGCACAAAUGCCAAACAAAAGUAUUAAUGUUAACACAAAACUGCCAACUUUGCACAAGUUUCCAGAAAAGAAAAUAAAAUUAGUCACUCAACAUAACCACAGGCCAAUUUGUCGGCCACCAGAAAACCGCUUUAAAAAAAAGGAACACUUGGUGAUUCUUUCAAGUGCCGAAUGUUAUUAGAAUCAACAUUGCAUCCUUCUUGCUUAUAUGUUAAGUAACAUAAAAGGAAAACAAAAUUAUGUGGUGUGAAACGGCCACGGCAUUUAUUCUUUAGAGGCAGGAUAAUAUUUCAGGAUACAAAAGCCCAAAGUACUCACUAUGGAACAAAGCUGCAUACACUAAGAGAGUUGAGCACACAUUUCCAAGGACCUAACCCGUAUCCUUUAAAAAGACAGAGAAAGUCUGAGCUGGGCGGGGCUGUUGUAUGGCUGGCUGAUUUGUUGCAAGUCCUGCAGUAGCGCUGUGAUUCAGGCCCCUUUGAUACACAAAAUCAAAGGGCAUUGAACAGCAGCCGCACUUGGAAGCUUUUAAAACAUGUGCUGACCUUGAAUUGAGCAACACUCCCUUCUGAAAAGCCAGAGGACGGGGGUUUAACACAGGAUCUCUCACUGGUUAGUGUUUUGUGUAAGCCUAAAACCAAGCAAUCGAGAGUGAGAAAGGGGGGGUGGAGGGGAGACGAUUCUCCAAACCUGUUUUGUUUUGUGUUGUUUUGUUUCUGAUGUUUACACACGUUGCCUGAGCUGGUUAACCACAUUGGCAGCCUCAGCUACCACAACAUACUGACUAAAUGAUGACAUUUACUCUAGUUCAGUCUGCAGCCAAAACCAUUAGGGUGUGCAUUGCAGACUGUGUUUUGUUGUUUUUUGUUUUUUUUUCUUAAGUGAAGGGGCGGAAAGAUAAACAAGGAAUAGUUUGUCAAGCAGUACACAGUAAUUUCAAGAGAAUGUAUUUCUUUUCUGCAUUUAAUGGCCUCAAACAUUUCUCGUCAAUCUAAAUGUUAGAAAUACCUACCCCCUUUGUGUUUUAGCUUUUCAUUUCAUUUCCAUUUUUCGUAUUUUUGUAAUUAUUUUUUUUCUAUGUUCACAUCAGCAUUCACUUCCGUUAAAUUUGCCAAAGGAAACUAUUGAUAUGUUUCUGUUGUUGUUAUUCCUAUAGGACUUAUUGUACCUCACAGUAUUUAUUGUUUCCAAAAAAUGAGCAUCAUUAGUUGUGGAUUCAGUAUUUUUAUUUGUGAAAAGUGCAGAAACAGUAGAUUCUUAGAGAUAAGCUAGAUGUGUCUUGGAGCUUUAUCUUUUCAUCUCCUUCAGAGGAUGCUAUGGGGUUCAUUUAAUUCUUCAUUUGUUCCACGGUGAGGAAAGACCAAAAGUACUUGCAGUACAAAAGAAACCUUACUAAACACUAUGUCUCUUAAAUGACAAAUGUUUACGGUAAAAAAGCUGAGGAAUUAGUAAUAACUGUUGUUGUUUUCUUGUACCUUUGGAUUCCCCAAAGUCCUAAUGGCUUUAUUUUGAUGUUGUGUUAAACGGAAUAGACAGAGAUGUUUCCUUUUGUUUUAUACCAUAUUAGACUCUGUACAGUAUGUUUGUGAAAGAUUGAACUAGAAUAAUGAAAGUUUGUUUGCAAACAUGUUGGUCCUCUUAGCGUUCUCUGUGUUGCGCUGUUGACCCAUUACCAAGUGAUUCCGUUCAAAAGGGUGCGGGAAAUGUUUUUCGCAUCCCAACAAGAGAUCACAGAAACACUAGCUUUUUUGGAGUGUGUGGAGACAGAAUUGUACCCAGUUCUAUUAAAAUAACACAUUUUUAUUUUUUUUAAAGGUACACUCUUGGUUGAGCUCUUGGAACUCAUCCUGUACAGAAUCAAUGCUUAGCCUGUUUAAUUUAAUGUCACCUGAAAGGUGACUAGGUCAGCCCUAGUGAGUGACUUACCUAGCUUUCAGCAGGUCACAUCAGUAAAUGAACCAGGCUUAGAACUAAUGUGUUACUUGCCACAAUCGGGCUAAGGUGGAUAGCCAGUUAGAACAAGUCUAGAUGCGGCGAGAUUCCCAAAGUAGAAAUUCCCUCGCUCGGAAACAGGGAAGUGCUCGGCGGCAUUUUGUCAGAGAAAUGGCAGUGAGUCCUGGACAGCUCACCCUACUUCCAUAUCUUCCCAAAUUGCUACUUCCUUUGUGCCUCAAAUGCCCAGAUGGAAUGGUGGCCUUCUACAUGGGUGAAUAACAUUUUCCAACACAAAGCCGAUUUGCCUAAAAGGGACAGGGGGAGUGGAUCAUGAAACACAAUGCUUUUAGUCCCAACGUAUUGCUGGUUUAGGGUGUGUGCCUGUGUGCAAUGUUUUAACUUACCUACCACUCUAGUUAAGAGGUGAUCCCACGGCUUAUUUGCAAACAGGAAGGAUAGAGAGAUCAGCAUGUUAAUCAUGGAGCCCUUCAUCUUUGCCCAUCCCUACUCAUUUGCUUUUCACAGGAGAUUCUUAUUGUGCAAUGUUUUCUCUCUAGCUGCAUCCAUUCUGUGCUGGCUGAAAAUUAAUAGUGACGCUGGUUUUCAUCCAAGCGGCUUUUUCCCAUUUGAUUGGUUUUAACCAGACUUUUGUCACAGGUACAAAAUUAGGAGGUAUUAUGAAUGUGCAUGUUCAGUAGACGAUGUUGAAAUUACUGUUCUGAUCACUUUAAACUAUGCUUUUGUAAAUAUCAGAAAAGCUUCUGCUUUAGGGAAUAUCUGCAUGCUAUGGAGGGGGAUGACAAAGAGCAGGAAAAGGAAUAGGUAAUAAGUAAUUUGGUUUUUAAAAUGUGAUAAAAAGCUUGACACUCUUUGUUCUGCUAUUAAUUGUAUUGAAAUAAUUCAACCCAAUGUAAUGCAUUUCCGGUCAUAGUCCAGCCACCCCGUUCAUCCUGUCACCUUCUAAAGGUUUACAGGUGUUAAUAUUUUCCUUCUGGAGAUGAUAAACAUCUGUUUUUGAAAACGUCUUUAACACAAGGGUGCCACUGUCUUUGUAGUAUAGGACUCCUUUGGUUGUGAAUUUCCAGGCCCUUUCAGUAAGAGGCAAAUGGCACUUAACUGGUUAACAGCCCUGUUAGUGUAUACAUUGCUCUUAAAAAAAAAAAAAAGCAGGCUUUGACUAUACCAUGAAUGGGCUGUUCCAGAGGCAUUCUCCUCAUUUUACUCAGGAGAAACCAUGCAUUAGGUUCUCACCAAAUAAAACAAAUGUGACCUUUUGUUCCCCAUCCUCUGUACACACCCCAGGUGUGUGCCGAGCCAAUGAGAAGGGGAGCCCUUGGCAAUUGGAACGUAAAGAAACCGGUAACCAGAUUGAGGUGGACGUGCUGCUAACUGCUAGCAGUUGACCUGAGCAGUCCUAACUUGUACUUGGACUGUUAGUGUUGAGUUAGAUUGACUAACAAAGUAAAUAGAAUUCAACUGUAAUAAGACACGCUACAUCUGCUCUCCUAAAGAAACAAGUCACCCAGAAAAACCUUGCCUUCUUUCUAUCUACAUGCUCCAUUUCUCAAGAACUUCUUUCUUAAAAAUUCUAAAAAAAUUUCAUUUUUUUAAAAAAAUACAUAUUCCCCCAAACUCGGAAUAUUUAUUAAAGGAUUUUGGUUUUUUCUUUUCAAUUCUUUGUGUUAUUUUGUUGUGUGUUUUUUUUUAAUGGGAAGGGUCUCCACAGGUAAGGAGGGCAAGAAAAGGCAGGUGCCACAAAGACUGGAGGGAACCCCAGCUGUUCCAGAGGCCCUGUGAGUGAGGCACACUAAGUAGAGGAGGCACCCACCCUGUUCGGGUGUAGCUAGAAAAGAAAUAGUAAAUGCACUGAAAGCGUGUGUUCCAGGCUGGUGCCAUUCUGCCAGGCAGUGGGUGGGGUCAUGCUGAUGCUGUGCCCUGCCUGUACCAGGUGAGGAAGGAGAAGAGCAAGGACAGCUGUGCGGAACAGCUCAAGGUCCUGAGGGUCAGGAGGGCCAACGAGGCAGUCAUGCAGGUUUUUUCUGACUCUUUUUGGAAUGUGAAGUGAUGCUGGAGUUUCUUAGGAAGCAAAAGGAUGCUAUGGGUCCACCUAGGUUAUAGUAACGGCCGGUGGUCAAGCCUCGCCCUGACUGUGAUGAGUAGAAGUGAGGGGUAGCCAGCUGGGUGUGUCCUCCAUCACUGCUUUUGCUCGCCCCCAUAGCUAUGAUUGGAAUGCUACUUGGCUAAACUUCUCUUGAUCAAAAUGUGAGCUCAUUUACCUUCCUGCAGAACAUCCAACUAACUUCUCUGUUUUCACGUCAUCCGGCAACACUAAGCCACGUGUUGUAGUCUUACUUGUGCUAGUAUUCAGGCCGCAUCUGAUCCGUCCCAGAAUCAUUUUCCUAUUUCCUGUAGUUGGAGAGUGGCUCACCAUCAAUGCUCAUUUCCCAUUAGAAUUAUGUAAAUCCAACUAGAAGUGAGCAGUGCGUUAAUGUAUCAUCGCUCUUGCCCAGACACGCAUCCAUCCCGGGCCCUGUCAUCCGUAUUCUCACAUCUUGCACAGAAUGACGUGGUCAUUCGGCAAGAGCUGGACAUCAGUACUGUCUUUUUGGCAUUUGUUGAAAAAUCCAAAUGCCUAGUACCAGGGAGUUAAAAACGAGGCAUUUUUACAAGUACACUGAAUUGGAUCAGCGUUAUUGUUCAUUAUAAUGCUAUAUAUUUUUUGAAGCAACGUACUAUAGUUGUCAUAAAACUAUCUUUAUUCUUCUCCUCUAAAGCAUUGCUGUAAAUUCAUUUGACCUUUACUGCAAAAAAAAAAAAAUCUUCUUUUCUAUAUAGAGCAUCCAGACAAGGUUCGGUUUGUAACAAAUAAUGGACCAUUACAAAGGAGGAAAGGGAGAAGCCUGGGCUGAGCAGCGAGAAGCUUCGGUUCAAUUUCACCUCAUAUCUUUCUAAUAACUUACUUGUCACUUUAUUACCUUCCAGUAAUGUGAACGCUGCUGACAAGACUGUCACACUAACAGCAGACAACACCCUCUCUGCUUCAGCCCCAGCUCCCCUGGCUACUUAUUGCCCUGGCCCUGAAGGGACACAAACUAAUAGUGCGCUUUCCAGUUCAGCACUUGGCCAUCAAAUAUAAAAGGAUGCGUAAUUGCCUGUUUAUCCCUUGUGAAGGGGAAAUUGAGUACAAGGGCUAGGCUUUCCCACUGCGUUCCCUGAGGUACACACUCUUGCUAUCAGCCUCUCUCUCUCUCUCUCUCUCUCUCUCUCUCUCUCUCUCUCUCUUUCUCUUCCUCCCUCUACCACCUCUCCCUCCCCUCCCACCACUUAGACCCAUACAUACUCGCACAAAACUGCAUCUUUGCUAAGCCCAGGGCUGCCUCUAGAUACCUUCUCCAGCCAUUAAGUGGACAGUAACAACAUGACUUCUUAAAUAAAGGGUCAGUAGAGAGAUGCUGGCUGUGACAGCAUUCUUCGCAUCUUUAGAACUUAAGUAUUGCCAUUGCACACCCAUGCAUUGGGGGAGUACUGGGUAUGGCCCUGUAAUUUCCCACCCGUUAGUGGCAUAGACACUGACUUGUUCUGUAAGGGAAGCCUUACAAUAUAUUUCUUCCCCUUCAGAAAGUUCACAUUGUAAACCAAUUGGCUGUGCAUGGUGGUAAAGAAAAGCGCUUGUUUUUAGCGUUGGCAUCCAAACAUUGUUUUACAUGAAUAGAUGUAUCUCUCAAUGAAAACCUCCAAACCUGCAGUGUGACAUGACGGAUUAACCUUCAUUCUUUUUUAAACUGGACUGACAAUCUGAAAAAAUAAAAGGCACGGGGGUCUGUAUUCUAAUCACUGGAACAGAGACUACCCUAUACCUAAAGGUUAAAUUCCCCACAUUGGGAGAAUUUUCCCAAGUACAAGUACAACGAGCUUUACAAAAUCAAGUGACGAGGGGACAAAAGGUACUGAGGAAAAACAUGUGAAAAUGUUAUAUUCCAAAAUACCUUGAGCCCAAGUAACCUGUAGGCAUUGUAUUGGCUGCUAUUCCUGCAUAUUGAACUACAUAAAGGACGGUUGACAAGUGGCUAAUUAGUGACUAAAGUAAGUGCAAGGUCUAUUUGUGACCUUCGGGAUAUGGAACUUGGGGACCCCACACUUCCUUCCAGCUCCCCCAGGCCAGUCUGAUAGAUGCUGUCGAUCCGGCUGCAACAGUUACAUUGCAAAUAGAUUUGUCAACCAAAUAAGACACAUGUAGGUGUCGUCUUUGAUGUGACCUUAUGGAAAGAGAGAAACAAAGCAUACUUAGAGGCAGACACCUUCACAGGUCUGAUUUGACAAAUGUGUGCUAAGCAGGUUCAUGACCCAGUCUGGGUACUGGGAAGAAAGCACUUUGAGCAAGGAUUCUCGGCGUCAGAGAAAAGCAAUUGACCUGAGAUUUUUUUAAGUUCCUCCAGUAUGUGUAUAUUACAAUCAUUUCUCAAACAUCAUAUUAGAAUCUUUCAUUAAAAACUCAGUUGCCAAAAUUGCACAGAGUCUGCUAUGCACAGAGUAGCAUUUCCCCCUUUAAAUAACAGGGGUGCUUAAGGACAUUUCUAAGUUUUUUAAAGCUUUUUUUUUUAAUCUUCAUUUUUUUAAAGAAUCUUUGAAGAGAAGGAAGAACCGAAAAAGGUAUUUUAACAAAAAUGGAGAGACAUAGAUAGUAUAAAAAUAUAUUUCUUGAAGAGAGAGUAUCUAAGUGCUAUACCAAGACUUUAUAAGGCUUCCUGUUGCCAAAUGUGAUGUUGAAAUAAUGCACAAGGAAGAUGGCAAAUCAAUCCAUUAUUACCCGGCUCUGCCCAUGUCUGUUAGGGAAUUCGAGGGUUGAGAGGUGACUCUCGAGAGACCCUGGAGGUGUGAGAGGCCCACUCAUCAUUUUCCAAAAAGCGGGUGGGGAGGAAAGCCCUACCCUCUUGGUAGCCCCCUGCAAGGUGACCUGACCUGGCCCUGUGUCGGUGGGAGCCUGGCUCCCUGCCUUUUCCAUGCGAGGAGUCAGAACAUCCCCGCCCGCCGGUGAUUCAGUGCUGCGGCCGGGAGAAGCAUUGAUUCAUGAGGUACGAUGCUCUUGAACUCCCGGACAAUGUGCUGAGCUUGUCGGUUCACUUGAGAUGUAUACACCAAGGCUGAUUGUUUAUUUUUUCUUCACCUAGUACUCAAUUUGGAGCGUUUUUGCAUGUCUUUGUACGGAGUAAUCCAUUCCUCUCAUUGCCUAUCUUAAUCUCCCCUGACCUUUCCAUUCUCUUUCCACUGCACCCUUUGCUCUUCUGAUCUCACCCACCCCCUUAAAAAAAUAAAUCUUUUCUGAAGCCAGAAGGUAGAACACUCCUUCAUCCCGAGUUGAUCGCUUUGGAAACAUUUGUGUGCUACCCUGCCCAGGGUUUACAUAACGUGAAUUAAGUGAGUGAGAUGUUCUAGUAUCAUAUAUAACCCGAUAUGGAAGAUUUAUACUAUACGGUGCACUUGCUUUCCUGUGCAAACUUUGGUUCAGCUGCCCUGCGGAGAAAUCUUAGCCUUUUCCUACCAAUGCCCGUGUGAGAAGUGCAGGAGAGCUCCAUGUGGGUCCGUGGAGGUCAAGGGGGGAGGAAUGGGGAGACACCAGGAGGCUUCGGUCUGUGGCGACCUGGGCCUUUCCUCGCAGGUGGAGGUGAGCCGGGGCUUUGGGGAGGAAAGCGCUCUGUUCUCUGCAGAUCAUGGUGGGUCCUUUCAGACCUGGCGGCAUCCCUCACCCGAUUGGGAGGACACUCACCUUUCUUCCCCACCCCACCCCCACUGGCCCAUCUCUGUUACAAAAACAUGUGAUUCAACCUGCAUAUUGGACAGCAGAAGUGGCCAAAGGGAAAGGAAAUAUCUUGAGGAAAAGGAAUUUUCACCAAGAUAAUGUCUGCUCCCUCCCCCAGAGUUUGGGGGUUUCUGCUUUUUUGUUGUUGUGUCGUGCUCAUCUGCAUCAGACCAGUCUCGUCUGCUAAGCCUGUUGGGGAGCCAGAGUCUGAACCAUGAAAGGUGGCGGCACCGAGGGAUGGGGACCGCGCGCAUUACCCUGGUCGCAUCAUCGUGACGUCGGUAGCUUCAUAAAUACUGUAUGUACCUUGAACAAGGGUUUUCGUUUUGUUUUGUUUUUACUGGUAGUCUAAGAGAAUUAAAAGUUUUUAUUUGCUAUUUCCUUGGUUGUAUUUUCUGUACUAUAACUGUCUACAGUAUGUCUUUUGCAUAAAAUGCAUAAGGGUUUGGGGAUGUAAAUGGAAUUUUAUUCAUAUUUUGUCCAAAUACCUCUUGUAAUUUGUAUCAAAAUUCUUGUACAAUUUUUAUAUUAAAGAUUUAUCAGUCACU